GUUGUUUUGUUCUCAGCUCAGUGAAAUAUCAUCGCUCCACGUUAUAAUCAUGUAUUUAUUUUAAAAAUUUAUUUAAGUUUUACUGUGUGAUAUAUCUCUGAAUACUCCUUUACUGUAACUAAAAUGGAAGAAGAAGAAGCUAUUGAAGGCAUACGGGAGUCGAGUCGUAACCUUUUAUUGAUGAAUAGACGGCAGAAACGUGACGCCGUAACAGACGAGAAGCGACCCUUGCCUAAUUUGCGGCCGAACCCCGAUGCUGUUACACAGUUAGCAAAUAAACUGAAAACUAAGUCUGCUGUGACAGCAGCAGAGCUACGUGCUUUGAAGAACUCUCUAAUAGAUGAUGCAGCCAAUAUCGAAGUAAUAUUACAUACUCAUGGUGCUCUCCGAGGCAUAGUACGGGAACUAUCAAGUCAUGGACUGAACAAGCAGUAUGAAGCUAUAGGCUGCUGUUGUAACCUAGGGUUAGGAGACGCCAAGGCUGGGCUGGCUGUUGCUAAGUCUGCUGGACCAUACCUGAUUGCAGCUCUUGAUAGUCUCAAUGCUGAUUUGGCUAUAUCAAGUGCCUGGGCACUAGGCAACCUGGCGGGCUCAGGACCGAAAGCCAGUGAAGUGCUGAUGGCUCAAGGAUGCGUGGCGAGGCUGACACACCUGCUGGUCUGCAACUAUGAAGACUUGAGGGAGUCUGUGCUGUAUGCCCUGGUACACCUGUGCAACCAGCUCAAAGAUAACCUCCCAUUGGAAUACGUGACCAAGAUGCUCUCCAUCCUGCCAAGGUUACGCCUCUCGAUAUCAGCUCACCUGCUUUUUAUACUCUCAUGCCACUGCGAAUUCACGACAAACUUCCAAUCAUACUUCAUUGUCGAUGAAUUUAUUCCCAAAGUAAUACAUUUCAUGUCUGCGAGUACAGAAAAGUCACUUGAGGACCCCAAUAUUGUAUAUGUGUUUAGGCUAAUAGCUAAUAUGAACUGUGUUUACACUUUCAACAAAUUUCUAAGUUAUUUUGUAGAUAAUGAUAAGAUGAAUGUUCUAAAGAAAUUAUUAGAGACUGAUCAAGUAAACGAAUCUGUGUUAUGGUUGCUAGGUAACGCUUAUAAGUGUUGUAGUGAACAUAUGGUGUUCAAAUUACUUUUAAGAUGAUUUUCAUUAAACAUUUUGUACUGAU